CGGAUUCUCAUUCUGGAGAAAGUUCCGAAAAUUGUUCACUUGUGUUUAUCAGUAGUAUUAUCAUCGAGUUUUAUAUUGUUUCGCAGGACCCGAAAAAAAUAAUAAUGUCUAAUACCAUUAGAACAGUGAAGGGUUUAGUGGCUCUUGUUACUGGUGGAGCAUCUGGUCUUGGUGAAGCUACAGCUAGACGUCUGCUGCAGAAUGGAGCUAGUGUUGUGAUUUGCGAUUUACCAUCUUCAAACGGUGGAAAAGUGGCUGAACAGUUAGGAGAGAAAUGUGCUUUUGCACCAAUUGAUGUUACUAAAGAAGCAGAUGUUCAAGAAGCUUUAAGAAUUGCUAAAACUAAAUUUCAUAAAUUAGAUAUAGCUGUAAAUUGUGCUGGUAUUGGGGUUGCCACAAAAACAUACAAUUUUAAAAAGGGUGUGCCUCAUUCAUUGGAUGAUUUUAUGAAAGUUGUGACAGUUAAUACAAUAGGAACAUUCAAUAUUAACAGGCUAGUUGUAGGUGUUAUGGCAAAAAACCUACCUGAUGAAGAUGGACAGAAAGGUGUGAUAAUUAAUACAGCUAGUGUUGCAGCUUAUGAUGGCCAAAGAGGACAGGUCGCUUAUUCUGCAAGUAAAGGAGGAAUAGUUGGCAUGACAUUACCUUUAGCUAGAGAUUUGGAAUGUGAAGGAAUUCGCUGUUGCACCAUUGCCCCAGGUUUGUUUGACACUCCACUCUUAAGAGGACUGCCUGAAAAAGUUCGUAGUGAAUUAGCCAAGGAUGUACCUUUUCCAAAGCGAUUAGGUAAUCCAGAUGAAUAUGCACAUUUAGUGCAAUCUAUAAUUGAAAAUCCAAUGCUGAAUGGAUGUGUCAUACGAUUGGAUGGUGCACUGAGAAUGCAACCUUAAUUUUAGCUUCUAAUGUACUGCAGUUGCUAAAUUUGAUGGAAUUAGGGAAAUUUUAGAUGAGACUUUCAUAUAGUCCGAAAAGAGUUUAAAAGUGUACAAAUCUAAUUUUUAUACUGUUUUGUUUCAACUAACUUUUCUGAUUUGUGUAUUUAAAAUAAACUACAUUGGUUUUUU